AUGGAAAAUUAUCAAUUUCAAAUUCAAGAUACCCUUAGCUAAAGUAAACAUUCAACACCUCAAUCUAAAAUGGAAAUAUUGGAAUAAUUUUAAUUUCUUUAAACUGAAACUCUCUUAUUUAUUAAUUUUGAAGAUUCUGAAGAAGAAAUUGAAUUCUCAAAAUAAAAAUAAAUUAAAACAUAAUUACUUGAAAGAAGAGCAUCCAUUUAGGAGUCUUAAUAAAGUUCAUUAAAAUCAAAUGAUCUUUAACCUGAUCAAGCAAAAAUCAAAUAAGCAGAUCAGUAAAUUUAAUAAAAACAAUAGUUAGCUUAAUAAUUAAAGAGAUCUAUGAAGAGAAGUCAAACUGCUUUUUAAAAAAAUUUUGGUCAAUUUCAAAAAUAAUAAGGAAUCAAACUAUUUGUAAAGCGACCUAAUUAGGUCAUUGUAAAUAAUUUUGAACAAAUAAGAAAAUAAAAAUCAAUUAUUACACAAAAUAUAGGCCAAAUUGGAAAAUAACAUCUUCGGACAAUUUAAGUUAAAUACUUUAAAACAAAUCUUUCAAAAGUUUUAUUUAUUGAAAAAGACAUGACAGCUAUUGAAUUUAUUGUACUAGCAUUAAAAGAAUAUAGUCUAGAAAGAAGGUUUGAUUAAAAUUUAUAUGAAUAUAAAAACUAUAGUCUUGCUUAUUAAUUAGAAACUCUUGAAGAUCAAAUGGAAAUUGAUGAAGAUCGUUUCAGAAAACCUCUUUAAAGAACUAAAAGCUUUGUUGAAAAAGAUGAGGAUAAUAUUGCUGCUAGAAGAGCCAGCUGCAAUGAAGUAUUAUAAAAAUAAUAAUUUAAAAGAGAGCCAUUUCAUCCAAGGUUGAGUAUUCUUUUGAAGAUAUUGAAGAUAAAACAAUUACUAUUGAUUAUCCAGCUGUUUUAAGUUGUAAAUAAGUAGAAAUUGUUGUUAAUUCUUCAUGUUAAAUUACGUUCGGUAUAGAUUUAUUAACUCUAAAAAAAACUUAUGAAUUAUUUCCUUAAUAUAUUAUCCUAUUGAUUGAAGAUGCACAAUCUUAGUCAAAUUAAUAAAUAAGAUGUUUAAAUACAUCAACAUUAUAAAAUGUUUUUGACUCACUUAACAAUGGUCCCAUUUAUAAAAGAUCUUUAUAAGAUUAUUAUUUAAGACUAAAGUACCCUUGUAUUCAUACUGAUAUUCUUCCAUUAUCGUUAAAUACUCCAAUUAAUGAAUUGCCAAUACAUUGGUUAGUUUUAGAAAAAAAGUAUAUUAUUGAAUCUUAAUAAUCUAAUCUCAUUGAUAUUAGUAAUAAAUUUUCUAAUUUCAAAUAAUAAAAUUAUUUAGAGGAAGGUUUAUUGUCUUAUAAUCCACAAGAUUCAGCAUUUAAAAUUGAAUCAAAACAUUAUUUGUCUUAAAUAUAUUCUUAUCAAGAAUUUCAACUAAUGCAAUAAAAAAAGAAAUAAUAAUUUUAAGUAAUACUGGGCAUUGAUUAUUUUGACAUACAAAUCAUCAAAGUAAAUCAAUAAAAUAACUAAUUUUCUCAUACUUCUUUGUUCUAGUGUAUAAAAAAUUAUAUUGUAGAAAUGUUCGAUAAUCAUAAGAAAUCAGAAAAAACUAUUAAAUUAAAGUCAAUUAAAAAGUGGUAUUUAGAUUUAAAAUAAUAUAAAUUUUAUUUCAUAUACAAGAAUUCGGUUUGUAAUUUUCAAUAACUAUGCUUUUUUCCACAAUAAAGUAAUGAUAAAAGAACCUAGGCUAAAUUUAAUAAUUAGUUUUUUGAAAUUUACAAAAAAUUAGAUAAAUUAUUGGAAGUUAGAAAAAAAUCAUUUAGGAAUAAAUGA